AUGGACACAGCGCUCAUUGAUCAAGGAUCUGCGUCAUCCUUCGUAACCGAAAAUUUAGUCCAGUCAUUAAGACUUCCAAAAUUAAAUACCGCUGUUAAGGUAAUAGGUAUCGGCGAAACGCAGACGAGCGUUCGACAUGCCGCUCACCUAACAAUUACUCCAAGCAACGCGGAUGCUCCGGUUUAUACAACCACCGCGUUAAUUUUAAAAUCGUUAACGAGAUAUCUGCCAAAUCGUCUCGACAUUCAAAUGCAAUGGUCGCACUUGAAUGGACUAUCGAUAGCUGAUCCCGACCCCGCCGGAUCAGAUCCAAUAGAAAUUAUCAUCGGAGCGGAUCUGUUCGGAUCAUUCAUUCUCUAUGGCGUUCGAAAAGGCGCUGCUGACGAACCGAUAGCUCAAAAUACAGCAUUAGGCUGGAUCAUUUCCGGACCUACCUCGCAACUACGACCGCUCUUACAACCGUCCAUCAGAGUACAUCACUGCUCUGUUACGGAUGAUCUCGAUCAAACUCUCCGUCGAUUUUGGGAAAUCAAGGAAGUUCCUGCGUUGUCGAAACUAACGAGCGACGAAAAGGCUUGUGACGACCGUUUCAAUUCGACACAUUCUCGAAAUUCCGAAGGUCGUUAUAUAGUCAGACUUCCAUUCAAAAACGGACCUCCACUCGACAUUGGAGUGUCUCGACAUUCCGCGCUUCAAAGUUACCUUCGAACUGAAAGCCGCAUUAAAGCGGACUCAGAGAUAUCGUCCGAAUAUCAUAAUUUCUUUAAAAAAUAUUCUGAUCUGGGACACAUGCAACGCGUCUCAGAAACCGACGACUUGACUGACUCAAGUCAAAUAGUGUAUAUUCCGCACCAUGCCGUAUUCCGAGCUAGCAGCUUAACCACGCGAACACGUAUCGUUUUUAACGCUUCAAGCCAAACCUCUAACGGUACGUCCCUGAAUGAUCAUUUACAUCCGGGCCCUAAACUUCAAAAGGCUUGCAGCCGUCAUUCUGCGUUGGCGCACAUUCCGAUACGUUUAUUCCGCCGACGUGGCAAAGAUGUAUCGCCAAAUUCUCGUCGAUCCCUGCGAUCGUGA